AUGGCGGACGGCUGGGGCGAUGUGCUCGCCGAGGUUGCGGGUGAGCCUCACCCGCCGCCCCGCGGCCCCGCGGGCGCCGCGGCCAGAGGGCCGCGCCCCCCGCCCCGCAGGCCCAGUCGGGCAGCCGCGAGGUCGGUCGCGGCGGCGGGCCGCACCAACGCCCUGGCGCUGCCCCUGUCGGAGUCAGUGAAGCUGCCCACCGUGCCCAGACACAUAGUCCAAUGCACGGGCAGAGGCUCGACAGAUCAGUGGCCGCUGCUCCCGUACGUUCGCAUGGCAGCGCUCACGAUCGAGCGCCAGAGAGUAUCAGACCAAGACGUGCCAGCGAAUCUCAACCGCAUGUUGAUGGAUUCGUCGUCCGAGCUGGCUGGCAGAACCACGUCAAAUGCAUCGGUCCAGGAUUCGAUCGGCGUGACCCCUGGGGGCUACACCGAGUACGUGAUCGCCCUGGCCAACACCAUCGUACAUUUCGAGCGGGACCAGAAGCUUGCGCUGGAGAGCUAUUUGACAAAUACGGUCCCCAAGGAGAGCUUGCUCCACUACGUCGAGGCGGUCAAGUACGACGAGACCCCGAUGAAGCUGUCAGUGAACGAUUCUUUCCAAGCGCGUGGUCGUGGUGCAGUGGGCUCUUCCGAUCAGCAGCAGGUGGCCGUGUACCACAUGGAUCGAUCUCGACAGUGGGGGAAGCCGAAGUUAGAGAGAACUGUCAUCAAGCUGCUGCAGAGCUCGUCGAGGUUCGGGUGCCUUCUGAGGACCAACGCGGGCGAGUACGUCGGCAUCGUCGGCGCGUCCAUUGCUCCGCUCCAGUGGCUGGAUCGGAACACUGGGGAGUGUCUUCGAGAGGCGGACCAACGUCGCACCACUGCUGUUGGACGGGCUGCUAAGGACUUUGCGUGCAAGACGCGCGCGUCAGUCCUGGACGGCGCUGGCCCGAACGCCCGCUGCGAGGCGCAGGUCGGGGUUGACCGACGAGGCGACGGCUGGGGCAAGAUUGGUUUCACAUGCUCCAUACAUUGCCUCGCGAACGUAUUCACGCACACCUUCGACCUGACGGGCUCCGACGUGUCUGGCCAAAUCAAUUUCGCACUUGCCGUCAACGAGGGCUCGGGCUUCUCUUCUUUCUGUCGGAUAUUCCGCGCUGUGGUUCAACAGCGGAUUCGCAUCCGCAGGGGGAGGCCCCCUCCAGAGGCCACCCCGUGCAAGCGGCACUUGCUGUGCCUUUCGCUCGCAAGGGGGAGUCGACUGAUCGAGAAGAAGACAGCUUUGCACCAUUUGCCGAACGGGGACUGGAGGGACCGAGAGCACGUCGACAUAUGGAUUCUCGAGGGCAUCGACAUAAACGAGAGCGAGAUCAAGAAGUCGGUGUCGGAGGCCUUGGAGGUCGUCCUCUUGGGAGCUCGAUUCACCCGGUGGCCGAGGAGCAAGAGGGCGGGGUCCGACGUCGCCAUGGACGAGUUCAUCCUACUUGAUGGCAUUCACGGCUUGGGCUCUGCUGUCUGGGCUAUCUGGGCGAAAGAGAUGGCUCGGGGCUCCAAGAAGAGACCUCGGCUGGGCGAUGGCGGGGCUCUGCCAGCUGCUGCCGCCGGGCCUGGCGCCGCCGAUGGCGGCGAGGGCGGUGCCGCAGAGGCUGCGGCUGCCAGCGGCGGCGAUGGGCAGGGCCAUGGAGAUUUCAAUGCAAAACGGCUGGAGAAUGAGUACCAUCGUAGCACCGCUGGAGAUUGGAUGGACACGUCGCCGCUUGACAGAGUGGUGAUCAUUCGGCAGGUGCUGGAGCCUUUACGUCGGACGAUGGAUUGGCACCUCGAGGUCGGCGGCAAGCACUGGGAGAUCAAGCAGAGGGGCAUGGUUGUCCAGGCUGAGUCCAAGGGCGCAGCCAGUUCGACGAGCAGGACGUGGCCGAUCGUGGAGGCUGCGCUUGGCACCCCUGCGCGCGUCUUCCAGGCUGCGUGGGACCCUCUGUUUCGCGAGCACGUGCUGUGGAAGGACCUCGUGCAGCCGUCGGCGAUGACUCGGAAGGCGCGCGCCCUCGCGUUCAAGCUUCUUUCGAGGUCUGAGUGCCAGGUUCGGGAGGCGUUCAUGCAUCGACAUAGUUUGCUUCCGACUCGCAUCUUCGCCAUGAUCGCGGACCCAGCCGUUGCGCAGGAAGUGAGUGACCUCCAGGAUUGCCGCAUGGACAGCUGGACGAAGGACUUCGUGCUGCGACACAAGGACGCGGACGGAGGCUUGUCGAACCCAGCGGCGAUCGCAGAGUUGAACCUUCUUGCCGCCAUGAUCGACUUGGACAUCAAGGCUAUCGAGUCCCGCCACGCCUCGAUCCGCAGGCGGCUGAUGGUCAGGGGAGUGCAGACCCACUCGGCAACGUUCGCGGAGUCGUCGGCCGAAUGGGUGGUUGCCCAAGCUCGUUUAUCAGGCAGGGCAUUUCGAGCAGUCGGUGAGGGGGGCGCGCCAGCAGGUGGUGGCGAUGACGCAGGGGGCCCUGGCGGGCCGCCAGAGGGCGAGGAGGCUACCACCACUGUCAGGGGCACGGUGUCUUCUUGGCAUGCUUUCCUGAGGGAGCAAUCCCUUGGUCAGACUGGCCGCCAGUGCAUCGCCGCCUUGAGCGCUGCGUACCGCGCUUUACCCAGAGCAGAGGUGGCGAGGCUGGCUGCCGUCGCAGCCGCGGCCAAUGGGAAUCCCCGUGCUGCGGAUGCACCUGGCAGCGCCUUAGGCUGUCGUGCCGACCAGCCGCGGGGGAUGACUGAUUUGGCAAUGCGGCGAGCAUCGGCAGAUCCCAACGCCACCGUGAACAUGGACUCGAUGAUGCGGGCUGCCCAGUCGCACAUGGUGAGCUUGCGCCGCGUGGCCAAGACCGAGCAGCGAAAGAUGGCCGACGCGAUGGAGGCCGAUGUCAUCAAGAAGUUCCGCAGGCGCUUCUACUCCGAGCUGAAGGGCCUCUGCGCCAAGGGGUCGCCCGAGCGGAAGCUCUUGGACGAUUCCAGCUUGGUCGUGCGACUGCACGGCAUCAAGGCGGCUGUCGUCGAUGGCUGGGGCGUUGUGGCAGCUGGCCUCUCCGGCGACGACCCCGACGGCGUGGGCGCCUACGUGUGGUGGCACAUCGGCUCCCACGAGUUCAGCCCCUACUGCUCCAACUUCAGGCCGCUCGCCUUCGUCGAGCAGGGGGCCGUCGGCGGCCAG